UUCGCCGUCUCCUCUAAUACCCGGUUCAACUAAGCGUAGUAGAGAGCUAAUCCGGCACCGGCACCGGCACCGGCACCGGCCUUUCGCUGCGAUCGAUUGGCAUACUACUGUACGUGAAGUAUAAAGGCAAGGGCAGAAAAGAUGUCAGGUAAUGAUGAUAAACUUGCAUUACUACUAUUUUGGGGAGGCGAUACGAUACACCGUGGAGAUCUCGGGUCAAUAGAUUAUUCAGCGCCUCCCAAAAGACUGUGUUUCUUACGCCGCACUAUUGGGCACGAUGAGCUUGUGGCUAAAGUGCAUGCUGAAAUGAACACCAAUGAAGAGAAGACUUGUCUUGCUUUGUUCGGAAGGUACCCUAUGAUGAUUCCUGGGGAUAAAGUUGUGUUUGUGUCUGUUCCACUCACUGACAAUCAAUCAUGGGAAUGGUUUUUGGAAGCAGCAUUUCUUUGCCAGCCAGUGCAUGUCUUCAUUAAUGCUUUCCCUCCUGCUGCUGCUGGUUCAUGUUUCGGUCAAGGAGAGUUGGUUCUCAGGAACAACAUUGGUCAGACAAAUAGGGAGGAGGAGAUGAAAAAUGAUGUCACAGUUUUGGAUUUGGUUUCACAGGCAUAUGAGAAAGCUGUAAUGGUGCAUAGUUUCUGCGAAAUCUUAGCAGACAUUUGUCAUAAACUAAAUUACAUCAUCAUGCCUCCUAUUCUGUGUUCUUCGGGUGAUGAGACAUUUAUUUUUAGUAAAUUACUUAUUAAUCGCUGCCUGGAGGAAUUCGAGAGGAGAGGUGUGGAUAGAUGCAAAAAUGCUAGUCGAGAUUAUGCAUCUCGAAAUCAAAACUGGACGCUUAGGAGGAGAAAGCUCGGGAAUAUUAGACUAAUUGGGGAAUUACACAAGAAAAAGCUGAUAAAUGAAAGUACUAUCCAUAGAUGCAUUGUAAAUUUGCUCGCUGGAGAGGCUGAGAAACCAGACGAAGAUGAUAUUGAACUCCUUUACCACAUGAUGCGUACCUUUGGCGAAUUCCUGGACCACCCCUCUGGAUCUAAGAAAGAGCAAAUGGAUUCGUAUUUUGAAGAGAUGGUAAAGAUGUCAAACCGCCAAGAUUUGUCUUCUAGGCUGAAGGUGAAAUUGGUUGAUUUGGUUGGGUUGAGAAAGCGUAACUGGCAGAAGGAAACAGCUGGGGAGCUGGCGAUGCAAAUCUUUGUGAAGACAAUGAGGGGUACAACGAUUCCCCUUGAGGUUGAACCGUCAGAAACCAUCUACAGGGUGAAGGAAAAGAUUCAGGAAAGUGAAGGCAUGCUGCCAGAGCAGCAACGCCUUGCCUUUUCUGGCAAGCUCAUUGAGGACCACCUUACGCUUGCCGACUACAAUGUCAAAAAGGAAUCCACCAUCCACCUUGUCCUCUGCCUCCGCGGUGGGGGCAGUGAAGAAGGGAGGCUGAGCUCCAUAUCUUGUGCAAUUCACGGCAAACCGUUUUGAUAGAAGGGUGUUCUCGAAUUAGGCAUUUCUUACUUGAUGAUUAUGCCUUUAGUUUUGCUUUGGAAAUGUUUCGUUCUCUUAUGAUGGAUUUGCUAUGUAAGUAUGUGACUGACUGAUGGUUGAUUUUCAUUUUUAUAAAUCGUAAAGAAUGGGUUGAUUUUCAUACCACGUAUCAUUUUUCUAUGAGUUGUGCUAUAGGUACCCAUUUUGGGUACCC